AUGGAAGAAGACUACAAACCUUCAAUCGAACAUCAAAGGCGAUUGAAUCCAAAUAUGAAGGAGGUCGUCAAGGGUGAAAUUAUAAAACUUCUGGAUGCCGGCAUUAUUUAUCCAAUUUUCGAUAGUAGUUGGGUGAGUCUUGUCCAAGUUGUUCCAAAGAAGGGAGGAGCUGUUCUCGGACAAAGAAAAGACAGGAAGUUGCAUGUUAUCUAUUAUGCAAGUCGCACAUUGAAUGAUGCACAAUUAAAUUAUGCAACUACGGAAAAGGAGCUGCUAGCUAUUGUUUUUGCUGCUUUUGACAAAUUCAAGGCAUAUCUAAUUGAGCUAAAACAAUUAGUCUACACAGAAGGUCCACUCCGGCCGAUUAAAUACUUUGCUGGAGAAGGAAAGAUGGCAAGAGCCAGACUCAUUCGCUGGGGUGACUUCUAUUAUGCAGAGUGUGACGCUAGAAAUUCGCACAAACAAGGGGACCGAGGAACCUCGUUCUGCCAUCUUUCCAGGCUUGCAUGGUACUCCAAGAGCAAUAAUCACAGGGCAUGGAGUAAAUACGACGGACGGCGAGGCAGGGCGAUAAUCACGGACGGAGGUAAGCAUUUUUGUAAUCGAUAUUUAGACUCCCUUCUUGCAAAAUAUGGUGUCACUCAUCGAGUAGGUACUCCAUACCAUCCUCAAACCAGUGGACAAGUAGAGGUCACUAACAGAGAAAUCAAAAAGAUCCUCGAAACCACUGUUGGACAAUCACGAAAAGAUUGGUCCAAAAAGCUAGACGACGCUCUAUGGGACUACAGAACUGCAUUCAAAACACCUAUAGGUAUGUCUCCAUAUCGCAUGGUGUAUGGUAAGGCUUGUCAUCUUCCUGUAGAGUUAGAACACAAGGCAUUUUGGGCCAUUCAAUUUCUCAACUUUAAUGCCAAGGAAGUGGGACAAAAAAAACGGCUUGUACAGCUAAACAUGAUGGAUGAAAUGCGCCUUCACGCUUAUGAAAAUGCCAAAAUAUACAAAGAUCGCACUAAACAAUGGCAUGAUAAGCGCAUUAUAAUGAGGGAUCUAAAGGUAGGCCAGCAGGUGUUGCUCUAUAACUCUAGACUUCGGUUAUUUCCUGGUAAGUUGUGCUCUAGGUGGUCUGGACCAUUCACAAUCAAGGAAAUCUUUCCUCAUGGCGCGAUUGAGAUAGUGGAUGGUAAGUCGAAUCGAAGUUUCAAGGUAAAUGCUCAACGUUUGAGAAGCUAUUAUAAUGAAACCUUUGAACCCAUCAAGACUACAAUUGGUCUUGCCUAGCCUAAAUUCAGAUAAGUGCGUCGAACUUAACGACGUUAAACAAAAGUGCUCAUGGGAGACAACCUAUAUAUUUUUAUUAAA